AUGCAGCCACCACCACCUUCCCUUUUUGUUUCUAAAACUCCCACAUCAAAGCGUUGUCGUUUUUUCUUCUCCUCAGCGCGAUCACCAAACCGUUCUUCUGUCACUGUAGCCUUGUCUACUGUAGCAAACUCUGUUCCGGCGAGAAGUGGGAUUUAUACAGUUGGUGAUUUUAUGACCAAAAAGGAGGAUUUACAUGUGGUUAAAGCUAACACAACCGUUGAUGAUGCAUUGGAGGCUCUCGUGGAGAAAAGAAUAACUGGGUUUCCUGUCGUUGAUGAUGACUGGAAAUUGGCAAUUCGACUUUUUAAGUCCUUGCCAUCCCUCUUUUUCAAGUACGUGGCAUACAAUCAGGGGAUGCUCAGUACUUACUCCGCAAGGGCUUGCUCACAACUAGUCAUCAACUCCUACCAGAGGGGAGUAGAAGCCGAAACUCUGAUCGAACAUGACUGGUAG